AUGUAUGACGACGAUACGAGUGAAGAUGAAACAGGAUUACAAACUCCGUCAUACCUCAGGAAAGGAUCUCGGUGCAGCCGUGGAACACCAGGUACUCCAUCGUCUAUCACGAGUUCAAUAAUACUCGGCCAGAUCCCAGAUGAGGUACUCCGUGUUUGGAGUCAGUUACCAGAAGCAAUACGUUUGGAUCCUAGUUUGGCAGUUUUUCAAAGAGCCUAUGAUCGAAUUCAUCAAACUAUAGAACGAAGACCUUCAGAUAUAAUAAAGAAAGACUGUCUGGUAGUGAAUAUGUCUCUCGGGACGCAGCGUGCAUUGCCACAAAGAGACCAAAAUGAAACAAGCGAUGAGAAUGGCCAUUACAAUAUUACACAAGAAUCCAAUGAAUCGAAACAUAAACCGUUUUACCGCUAUGUCAAGUUAUUUUUGUUAUGUUGCUGUUGGUUAAUAUUCACUUUAAUAUUGAUAAUUAAAAGCGAAAAAGUCGACGUAUUGCAUCAAAUUUCAAUUCCAAGCGGAAAAAUAAAAGACUAUAAAAUGCAUGGUGAUACUUCUAAUGAGCAUAUUAAAGUAAUACUAGAAGGUUCAUUACUUCCGACAAUAAAACCAAUGCAAUUCAGCAAUAUAUCCGAUAGAUAUUUAAUGAUAUGGUUAGAGCUAUCUAUGAAUGAAGCAAACAAUAGUGAACAAUUCUUGUUUGGAUAUGAACAAACUAAGAAUAUAAGUGAUGUAUGGUUUCUACCAAUACUUCCGGAAAAUCUGAUAGAUAGUUUUCCCAGUCAGAGGCAUCAUAAAAUUUUCGAUUUGGAAAAUAUAGAUGAAAGAAUACUAGAUCAUAGCGACAUAUCGAUCAAAUUAAAAACAAAUUUGGAAUCCAGUUUUGCUAUUUCUAUCAGUUAUGAUUUUUCAUCGAUAGACAGGGAUGUUGGCAUAGUAUAUGCUGCAAUAGUUUUACUUGGAUUAUAUUUACUUAUAAUAUUUGAGAUUGUACAUAGAACUUUAGCUGCCAUGUUAGCCUCGACUAUGUCUAUUGCAAUUCUAGCAAUUUUAAAUGAGAGACCAACUAUGAAUGAGUUAAUAUCUUGGAUAGAUGUCGACACAUUAUUAUUAUUGUUCUCAAUGAUGAUACUUGUCGGUGUAGUCGCCGAAACAGGUGUAUUUGACUGGCUAGCAGUUUACGCUUAUAAGAUAACCGGAGGAAAGAUAUGGCCACUCGUAGGUACAUUAUGUUUCUUUACAUCGUUUAUUUCAUCAUUCUUAGAUAACGUUACAACAGUACUGUUAAUGACUCCGGUAACCAUCAGAUUAUGCGAAGUAAUGGAAAUAAAUCCGGUGCCAAUACUAACAGCAAUGGUGGUAUAUUCUAAUAUCGGGGGUGCUAUGACGCCAAUAGGCGAUCCGCCCAACGUAAUUAUUGCAUCGAAUCACGAAGUUAUUAAUAAUGGUAUCGAUUUUAGUACGUUCACAAUACAUAUGAGCAUUGGUGUUAUACUUGUGAUAUUUGUAGUCUUUGCCCAGCUGAGAUUUAUCUUCCGAGAUAUAACUGCUCUUAAAUUCGACGAACCGCCAGAUGUUCAGGAAUUAAAGCAUGAAAUUGCCAUUUGGCAAAGAGCUGCGGCAAGUUUGUCGAGUUACAGUAAAGACGAAAAUGUAGUGAGAGAAACUUUGCUAAGAAAAGUUCAACGAUUACUCUCCCUGUUAAAAAAGAAGCUAUUGACAGGCAGCGUAGCUCUUGAAAGAUAUAAAACUACGCUCGAGGAGCUUCAAGAAAAGUAUCCUAUUCGUGAUAAAUGGCUGUUGGUGAAGUCUGGAUUCACGUUAAUCUUUGUGAUCACGCUAUUUUUUCUACAUAGCAUUCCAGGUCUAAAUUUAUCGCUAGGUUGGACUGCUUUGUUAGGUGUUCUUUUAUUGUUAAUUCUAGCGGACAGCGAAGAUUUGGAUGGCCUUAUGGCGCGCGUAGAAUGGAGCACUUUGUUAUUUUUCGCGUCGUUAUUCGUUCUCAUGGAGGCUUUAUCGCGUCUAGGUCUACUCGCAUGGAUAGGAAAGCAAACGGAAAGGAUAAUUCUAUCUGUAAACGAAGAGUCACGAUUAGCUGUAGCUAUAUUACUAUUACUUUGGGUAUCAGCAUUUGCAAGCGCGUUCGUGGAUAAUGUACCUUUGUCAACGAUGAUGAUAAGAAUCGUUACAGCUCUUGCACAAAAUAAUGAGCUGAAACUACCCCUGCAGCCCUUGGUGUGGGCUUUAGCUUUUGGUGCUUGUAUGGGAGGUAAUGGAACUUUGAUUGGAGCUACUGCUAAUGUAGUUUGCGUAGGAGUUGCAGAGCAACAUGGAUAUAAAUUCUCUUUUAUGCAAUUUUUCAAGGUGGGCUUUCCAAUUAUGCUGACAAGUGCUAUGACAAUAACCAUGUACUUAAUGAUCGCUCACGUCAUUUUCGAUUGGAACGGAUAA